GCAACACUGCUGCAGCCGAGCGAUCCACACUUGCAAUCUUGCGUCUCUCCGUCCACAGAGGGUAUCCCCAAGUCCACACACUCCUCCACGCAGUCUGCUACACAUGUGCGUCCUGCUGGCUCCUCCCCGCGCUCGUUAAAUGCCGGCUCUGCUCGUCGCCAGCUACUGUUGAAGGCAGUCAUGACAGAGGAGCUGUAGGCUCGGACACCCGACACUAAGACAACAUCUCAGGUCUUUUUUUUUUUUUUUUUUUUUUUUUGGAUCUUUCGGGUGUCUGGCCAUCCAACGAGCCUCAGCUAUGAAGACCAUUCUUGCUGCCUAUUCCGGCGUCCUCAAAGGCACCGGCUCCAGCAUCCUCUCCGCCCUGCAGGACCUGCCAUCUGCGAUCUGGCCUUGCCAGUCCAAGAUGGAAAAACAUCUGCAGGUUAUCUCUGUGCUGCAGUGGGUCGUCUCCUUCUUAGCCAUGGGUGUUGCCUGCACUGUGCUGUUAGUCUACACGUUCUGCACUGACUGCUGGCUCAUCGCUGCCAUUUACACUGCCUGGCUCAUCGUUGACUGGAACACGCCGAAACAAGGUGGCAGAAGGUCCUCCUGGGUGAGAGGCUGGACAGUGUGGACAUAUUUCCGAGACUACUUUCCAAUCAGGCUAAUUAAAACCCAUGACCUGCUGCCCAGCCGGAACUACAUCUUCGGCUACCACCCACAUGGCAUCUUCUGUUUUGGGGCUUUCUGCAACUUUGGGACGGAGGCUACGGGCUUCUCCAAGAAAUUCCCUGGCAUCAAGCCGUCCCUGGCCACCCUGGCAGGAAACUUCCGUUUGCCCGUCCUUCGAGACUAUCUGAUGUCUGGAGGUAUCUGCCCCGUGAACAAAAACUCCAUUGACUACCUGCUGUCACGUAAUGGAACGGGGAAUGCCGUGGUGAUUGUUGUCGGAGGAGCCGCCGAGUCUCUGCACUGUGCACCCGGCAUGAAUUCUGUCACCCUGAAGAACCGCAAAGGCUUUGUGAGGCUGGCGCUUCAGAAAGGCUCUGACCUGGUUCCAGUCUAUUCCUUCGGGGAGAACGACGCCUACAAGCAGGUGAUCUUCGAGGAGGGAACCUACUGGAGAGCUCUGCAAAAGAGGCUACAGAAGAUCUUGGGUUUUGCCCCGUGCCUUUUCCAUGGAUGUGGCCUCUUCUUUGGCGACUCCUGGGGCAUCGUACCUUAUGGCAAACCGAUCACCACCAUAGUUGGGGAGCCAAUCACUGUGCCAAAAAUUGAGGAUCCAACUGAUGAGAUGGUGGAUCUCUACCAUUCAAUGUACGUCAAAUCCCUCCAGUGCCUUUUUGACAAGUACAAGACCCGCUUUGGCCUGAAAGAGAAUGACAUCCUGUACAUCCAGUGAGGAGACAAGGGGUCCCUACUGAACCUCUGAACUGUGGGAGCAUCUACAGGCCCCUCCUCCUGGUUCCCCUCCCAUUCCUCAUUCAACCUUGGUGCACAGAUUAUCUCUGAGCUGCAAACUCUACACACGUUUGCUAAAGAAACCUACACACAAACACACAAGCGUAGUUCCGUUUCAGGGGAUGACAGGUUUAAAGAACAGUGGCCUCUACCUGCAGCUAACCCGCACCAAAAAGUGUGCCUUUUGUUGUUUCAUUGUCUAUUUUCUCAGUGAAAGCAUCAAGUCUGGACUGUCUUCAUCAGUGCAAAGGUGGCAAACUCCACUAGAUGGAGCUGAAUGGUAACACGCAGGACUUUAAAGAUGUGCCAAUGUUUUCUUUCACCCAAGUAUUCACAUACUUCUCCAUAAGCUCUAUACGAUCCUAUUACAUGCUAAAUGCACAAACAAUGCAAAUGGAAAGUACCACUUCAUCAUUGGGGUCAUAAGCCCAAAGGUUAAUUGAGCCAAAGACGUAUGCUGUCCCCACACAUGCAUUGAUUUCUGCUGUAUGAAUAGUGGAAGUGGAGGAAUUCUGCAGGGUGGAUUUAUAUUGUGAAUGCACAAUACAUGUGUGCCUGUGAUUGUAUAAAGCCAUAAAGUAUUAAUUGUAUUCUGUGGAGAGGAAAUGGCCUGUUUUAGUGCUUGUCUCUCAACAAAUAUUCCUGAUGCACUUUUUGUAUUGCAGAUUACCCUUUGAGGUUUUAGUCUCAAGAAAAUGCCUUUGAUAAGAGAUUUUUUUUCCCUCCAAGACAAUCAAUACACUGUUUGACUUGGUUUGGUUUCCCUCUUCUGUCCUACUGGUGUCCAGGUCUCAAUCUGGGUAGAUGCAUUUCUUCUAUGCAGUGAAAACUACAGUGAUAUUUUUUUUUGUCUGCUAAGCCUUUUGUAACAUUUUGAGGUGCAGUUGAAGGAGAGUAGAAGAAGUAGUUUUGUGGGUAAAGGUCCUGAUGUUUGAUGAUUCCAGCGUACGGUGUAUCUCUUAGUAUACCGUGGGUGAUAUUCGAAAAGAAGGGGUUACAGCAGAUGAUUCCUUUUUGGUAAUAAGUUUUAUUAAGGAUGUCACCAGUACUUCUAUAACAUAAGAGUAUGUGUAUAAAAUCUAUUCUGAGAAUCAUCAAAAUUAGUAGGCUUGUGUCAUGUUGAUGGGCAUGAAGAUUGGCAGUAAUGAGAUUGGGCAAUUUCUUGAGCAGUGUAAUCCCUGUGCAAUAAAUUUGAAGCAAAUAAACAGCGAGGCUUGUCUAUAAGAUGAAUGACAUCAUGUGUCUGCCGAUGUUUAAAUUAAACUUUUGUAUAUUUUCAGAAGGA